AUCAAAACUCACAGGCAAGAAACAAAAGAUGCAGAAGAAACAUAUACAAUUACAUAUCAGGCGCGCUUAGGCGAUGCGAGGGCCGCCCUCCCUUGAACCACGAGAAUAAUCUCGCUAGCCAUGACAAAAUCAACUCCAACCCGCCCUCUCUUUCUCUGCAUCUGCAUGUGUCUCCUCUUCUUGCUUCCGUUUCAGGCCUCACCAUCGCCCACCACAGAGGCGCAAGCUCUUGUCAAAUGGAAGAACUCCCUCUCUCCUCCUCCUCCUCCUUCUCUGGGCUCCUGGUCCCUCACCAACAUCACCCGUCUCUGCAGCUGGACUGGCGUUGCCUGCAACAAUGGCGAGUCCGUCUCAGAGAUCAGCCUCCCAGGCUCACGCCUCAACGGCACGCUCGAUGCGCUCGACUUUGCUUCGCUCCCAAACCUGACCUGCUUCAAUGUCAGCGACAACAAUCUCGAGGGCCCGAUACCAUCCUCGAUUGGCAAUCUGUCCCAGCUCAGGUUCUUGGACCUGGCGGACAAUUUCUUCGAAGGGGCAAUUCCUCACUCUAUUGGACAACUGAGAAAGCUUGAAAAGCUUGUUUUGAGAGCAAACGAGUUGACCUCUUCGAUCCCUUCGGAGCUCGGGCUCUGUUCUAACCUCACCUACUUAGCCCUUGCCAUGAAUUCGAUCUCUGGGGAGCUGCCUCUCUCACUGUCCAGUCUGGUCAGGUUGUCAGAAUUUGAAGCUUGGGAUAAUCGCCUGUCAGGUGAGUUACUGCCUGACUUCUUCACGAAUUGGACCGGACUUGUUUCUCUGCGGCUCACGCACAAUUUUCUCUCUGGGCAAAUUCCGCCCGAAAUCGGAAGCCUAACCAAGCUCAGAUACCUCAAGUUGCACAACAAUUCGCUUUUCGGCCCAAUCCCUACUGGGGUUGGGAGCUUCAAGAAUUUGCUCCAGUUAGACCUCUCAAGAAACAAUCUCUCCGGGCAAAUUCCGCCUGAAAUCGGAAGCCUGACCAAGCUCAAUUACCUCUAUUUGUACCACAAUUCGCUCUCCGGCCAAAUCCCUACUACAUUGUGGAACCUCAGCAACCUGCAAAUCCUCUGGCUUUCCUCUAACAACCUCACUGGUACUAUUCCUCCGGAGGUCGGGAAUCUCACAUCAAUGACCAGUCUCCACCUCAGUGUGAACCAGCUUUAUGGGGAGGUCCCUGAGACCAUCUCUCGCCUUGCUAACUUACAGUCGAUCUUUUUGUUCACGAACAAUUUCUUGGGAAGCAUACCACGUGAUUUUGGCAAGUACAGUCCUUCUCUGCGUGAAGUUCUCUUUUCCGACAACAGCUUCACCGGAGAAUUGCCGCCAAAUUUAUGCAGUGGGUUUUCUCUUCAAUAUCUCACGGUCGCAGAGAAUAACUUCACCGGGCCACUGCCCGACUGCUUAAAGAAUUGUUCGGGGCUAUGGAGAGUUCGCCUAGAGAGCAAUCAUUUCACUGCAGAUAUCACCAGCGCAUUUGGAGUUCAUCUGAAUCUGGACUUCAUAAACCUCAGCAACAACCGAUUUGUCGGGAGUCUCUUGCCACAAUGGGGAGACUGUAAGAAUCUCACAAAUUUACAGAUAGAUGGUAACAAAAUCUCCGGCAGCAUCCCGCCAGAGCUUGGGAAAUUGUCUCAAUUGCGUGCCCUGACUUUGCACAACAAUGAAUUGACAGGGAAAAUUCCCGACGAGAUGGGAAAUCUAAGGGAGUUGCUUAAAUUGAACUUGAGCAACAACCAUUUGGUCGGAGACAUUCCCAUCUCAUUAGGAAAAUUAUCGAAGCUAAAUUGUCUUGAUUUGUCGAAGAACGCAAUGAGUGGUAGCAUACCGGUCGAGCUAGCGAAUUGCGAGAAUUUACUAAGCUUGAACUUGAGCAACAACAAUCUAUCGGGUGUCAUACCACCGGAGCUGGGGAACUUGCUCCCGCUACAGAUUCUCCUAGACCUAAGCCACAAUUCACUAGCAGGAUCAAUUCCGUCCAAUUUAGCGAAGCUCACUAAACUGGAAAAUCUCAAUCUUUCCCAUAACAACUUCUCGGGUACAAUCCCAGCUACUCUCAUUGACUUGGUGAGUUUAAUCUCAAUAGACUUAUCGUACAAUGAGCUGACGGGUGCGGUUCCUAGUAGUCGCCUCUUCCAAAAAGCACCGGGAAGUGCUUUUGUUGGGAAUCCGGGCUUGUGUGGAAACGUGACGGGAUUAUCUCCUUGUGGGAGGAGCGGUGAAUCAACUGACCAUAGAAAAAAAGUUCUGGUUGGUGUGAGUGUUGGCGUUUGCUGCUUAGUACUUUUGGCGAUUCUAAUUGUUGUGAUUCUGGCACUUUGGCUGCGAAAAAAGCUUCUCGACAAAGAGGAAGAGAUCAAGCGUCUUAAAAAGUACGAGAAAUCUGAGCAAAUCAUAUGGGAAAGGUUAGGAAAUUUUACAUUCAGCGACAUCACCAAGGCGACCAAUGAUUUCAGUGAAGAGUACUGCAUCGGAAAAGGUGGGUUCGGCAGCGUUUAUAAGGCCGUAUUGCCUAGCGGCCAAAUCAUUGCUGUCAAAAAGCUCAAUGCACCAGAAUCUAGCAAUGUCCUAGCGGUCAACCGCCAGACUUUCGAGAACGAAAUCCGCGUGUUGACUGAGGUCCGGCACCGCAAUGUGAUCAAGCUCCACGGGUUCUGCUCCACGAGGGGUUGCAUUUACUUGGUCUAUGAGUUUGUUGAGAGGGGCAGUCUGGCAAAGGUCUUGUAUGGAGGAAUAGGAGUAGCUGAAUUGGACUGGGGUAGAAGAGUGAAGAUUGUUGAAAGCGUGGCUCAAGCAAUCGCCUACUUGCAUCACAAUUGCUCACCGCCUAUCAUCCAUCGGGACAUAACGUUGAACAACAUCUUGCUUGAGUCGGACUUCGAGCCUCGGCUCGCGGAUUUCGGGAUGGCGAGACUCUUGAAUUCAGACUCGUCAAAUUGGACCACAGUGGCCGGAUCUUACGGCUACAUGGCUCCUGAGUUAGCAGUUACGAUGCGGGUGACAAACAAAUGUGAUGUGUAUAGCUUCGGAGUGGUGGCGCUAGAGAUUAUGAUGGGGAAGCAUCCGGGGGAUCUUCUCUCUUCUCUAUCAAUGAUGCAAACAUCAACAAUCUCGAAGAACCCAAAUUUGCUACUGAAGGACGUGCUCGAUCCGCGUCUUCCUCCUCCGAUUGGCCAACAAGCAAAGAAAGUGGUAUUCAUUGUCAUGGCGGCGUUGGCGUGCACGCACACGAGUCCCGAUUCACGACCCACCAUGCAUUUCGUCGCGCGAGAAUUAUCCGCAUGCACUGAAGCUUACUUGUCCGAGCCGUUGGGUUCCAUAACUAUCAACAAAGCUAUCGAGUCUACAGGAGUAAAAUUUUAAGGUAUGUUGCAGAUCUAUUGAUACUUUUCUGUCUCUCUCACUCUCUCUCUUUCGUUUUUUGGAUUUAGCUCGUAAUGAUGAGAAAGAGUGGGGUGUAAAAUUUGGAUAAUUUAGAAAAAUUCUAUUGCACUGUCUUCAAAACAUAUUUAUAGAUCCUAACUAUGUAUCCUCUAAUAAAUAUGAAGUACGUCAUCAGUUCGGAUGAUCGAACAGAUCUCCUGUCUUGUUUUC